AUGAUACCAGGCCGAGCGCCUUGGAGCUGUCAGCAUUGCUGGAGAAGCAGAAUAAAGUACUAUCAGCAUUGCUUGGUAAAUUAGCAACCUCUAAGUCGGAAGUGCUUGUUGGAAACAGAAGCUCUCAACAAAUCAACGAUGGUGGUACGCAGGAUAAGAAGCAAGUAUAUGCAAAGAAUUCUUUCAAGGGAUUCCUGAAAACAGGUGCAAUCCUACCUGAUGGGAACGAAGAGUCGUUGAUAUUAGAGAACUGUCUGGAGGAGAUAAGGAAUGCCCACCGCAAGGUAGAAAAUUUAGAACGAAAAUUGGAAGUUAAAAAAACAGAAUUAGCGCAAGCAAAUGAGACGAAUUCAUUAAAACAGAUUCGCAUCGACCAUUUGAAUGAACUUAUAGAAAAAGAACGCGAGGCAAGGAAUAGCGAAUUUUCAAAGCUAAAUGAUCUUCUGGCACAGUUGAAAAUACUGCAAGAUUCAGUCGUUGCCAAAGAAAAGCUUGUAAAUGAUCUUACAGAGGCUACUGCGAAAGAAUUGGCAAAACGAAACAAAGAAGAUAAAGUGCUUGUAGCGAGACUAUCCGUUUUAGCUGAUGAAAACAUUACAUUACGCUCUUUACUUCUUACUUUGGGUACAAGUGAAUUGUCACCACAAUUGAAAAAGCUUCUCGAGGAGCAACGGGAUUUCAUCGAAACUUUGAAGUCUGAAUGUGAAAUUUUGAUGAAUCGUUUGGUGAGAGGACGAGAUGAGCACAGGAAAGAGCGGCGACAACUAAGACGUCAAAUACGUACUCUCAAUGCACGCCUUGAAUGCCUUAUAUCUGGAAAACAGGAAAUAAUGCGUAAUUUUAUUAGCAGAAUGGGAACCGCUCAUGCGAAAAUUGCGAAAACCGCUCAUGGUUAUCAUAGAGCUAUUGCAAAAGUAGUUCUGCAAAUUUUGGUAAUUCUCGACUACAGUCAGAAAAGAAUUAAGCAGUUUUUGAUUAUUACGGCAUCUUAA